AUGGAUGGCGCCGCGAUCGCCAUGUUACGAUUGAACAUCGACUUCUCGGUGCUGUUCGUUUCGGACACCCACAAGAAGUGCCACAAGCUGCUGGAGCGGCACGAGCCGAAGCACAUCUACACUGACAUUAUGGACGUGCCCAUCAAUGAUAAGCCGUACGUGGACGUCUACGUCUUCACGCCACCAUGCCAAGAUUUUUCAGCUAAUGGCAAGCAGUCUGGCGCCGAUGGCCCCCGCCAGACGGGGGAACUCAUGGGCAAGGCCCUCCGUUACACUCGCGAGAAGAAGCCGCGGCUCGUCCUGUUCGAGAAUGCGUUUGCCCUGACACAUGUAAAAUUCCGCCCGGUGUUCCGGGGGCUCAUCAAGCACAUCCUUGAAAGCGGGUACGCGGUGUAUGACAAGGUGAUCAACGCCAAUACUUGCGGCUUCCCGCAAGACCGUCGGCGCCUGAUCAUUGUUGCAAUCCGCAACGACUCCAUCAAAUGUAAAUUCCAGUGGCCCGAGGCCCGCAAGGCCGUCUCACUGAAAACCAUCAUGGACUCCAAGACCCAGCAGGACGUGCCCGGUCGCCUGCCCAAGAACGCGAUGGGCAAGAAACGCUGCGCCAAGGCCUACUCGGAGUGCCACCAGAACGGCAUCGAUCCACGGACCACCCCUGUCGCGGUGGACAUCGACGCAGGGGAGAAGUUUCAGGUUUACGGGGUGGACGAAUGCAAGACGAUCACCCGGGUGCGCGGCGGGUGCGGCGGACCGUGGAUCAGCACGCACGGACGCCGCUUCACCACGCGAGAGCUUUUGAAGGCCCAGGGCUUCGCGCCAACAGACGUCCCCUACGAGGAACUCAAAAUCACGCCGCGCCAGGUCGGCAUGAUGGUUGGCAACUCUCUGUCCCCGAACAUGGCUGGCUGCGUGCUGCAGGAGGCGCUUUGGAGCGCUGGUCUCACGAAGGAGAAGCCACAAUUCCCAAUCAUGUCUCAUUGCGCGUAA